CAUUUACAAGUGGCUUUCUUGCGAAAGAAGCCCGGUUUGCUCGAAACAUUGCCACUGAGCUUUGCUUCACACAAGAGCCUUCCGAAAGUCUGGGGUACGACUCAAACUGCCCCUGAUUAACGGUAAAAAACGUUAGGCACGCGAUGCUGCUUGGGAUCACUUCUUCUCUCCCUUUUACUUUUUCUUUUAGGGCAUCUCAUGUCAGCAGACUGCCCAAAGUGUGCAGCGAGCGUGCGGGUUUGAGGGUUGGCCGCCUUUGGACCUGCUGUGCAUGGCGGGCUGAUAUGAGCAUGCCUAGUGGUCCUAAACCGUAACCGGCACCAAGUAUAUGCCCUCUGCGAGUAUUCAGAGUAAGCGAGGACGAAUCCCUACUUGUCCG